UUUUGAUCUUCUAAUGAUCCUUUUGUCGCUCAUGGAAUCUUCCUCAGAUAUAUGGCCGCCACUCCAGCCUCAUGCCAGCAGUGGCGCCACUGUCGAGGAAGAAGACGCCUUUCUUGGGUUCGUGGCGUACGCUAGGUCGAUGCUUUUCCCAGACGAAUGCAUGCUGGAGGACCGCGGAUGCGCAGAGGACUUUCAUGGGCCGUCCUGGAGCUGGCUUGUCUCCCGUAUCUUCAAGACCUGCAUUGCAUACCCUAGUGGAGUCACUUCCGGGAUUCUUCUCUCUGAUCUCUUCCAGGCUUGGUGCGAGCAGCGCAGGUUUUUGACCUCAAAAAAGAAUAUGGAAUGGAUGAUUCCAUUGAAGAGACGACGCAGGAGAAGAAGGCUUCCAAACACAGUCACCAUCGAUUCAAUUUUCGAGAAGAAUUUCCUCUCUCCAACUAGCUGUCUGGAAGCGGUAGUUUUGCGUUCCUUUCUUCUUCCAGGUACAAACAUAUACAUGCUCAGUUUGGGGGACCUCUGGAGCUCUUGUACCAUUGAUCUAUAUCUACAUCGUAGAUACUACCAUCUAGUUGAAUCCGAUAGUGGGAUUUUAAAGAAGGGACGGGAAAUCCUCCUUACAGGAUGCAGUCUACGGCCCGCCAUGGAAGGAUCUGGUCACCAUCGUCUUUUGCCAACAGAGUAUUUGGUGAUAUUAUUAGAUGAGGAUCAAGAUGAAGAUGCUAUGUUAUUGGGUGCUCGGUUCUGCACAGAUUCUUUCUCCAGCAUAUCGCAUGAUACAGUUAAAGAUGGUGCUGCAUUUUCUUUAUUUGCAAGGAUUGAGUCUAUUGGCUCAUUGGAAGUUAAGGGCGCUCUUGGAAGCUUACAGAGAAAACAGAUAAUUCUAAUUGAUAAUGAUGGUGUCAAGAUAAAUUUUCUAUUAUGGGGUGAACAAGUUAUCCUAGCCAAUCUUUUCAGUAUUGGAUGCAUGCUUGCUUUAGAUACACCUUUCAUUGCAAGUGCUCCAGCUAAUGGAGGGAUGAGUGAAGAAAUCUGCCUUGAAUAUGGUAGCAUAACACAGCUAUAUUUGGUUCCAUUCGUCCAACAUGAGGAGCAGGUACAUUUAUCUUCCACACAAACGAGGUAUCAAGGAUCAAAGUCCUGCACCCAAAACCAGAGUCAAAGCAAAGGUUCCCAAGUAAUAUUACCACUUAAUCCACAAGGUUCCAUCGACUUCAGCAGUUAUCCAUUCCGAGCUUAUGUGAGCGAUCUUAGUGAUAAAAUGACUGGAAUCAGCCUUUACGGGACUGUUACAGAUAUCAAAAGAGAGAGAGAAUCGGUUGAAAUUGUGUUUUCCAUGACUAUCGCAGAUACAACAGGAUCAAUUGUUGCAAAGCUGUACUUUGUCGGAUCAUGGUCUCUUGGAAGACUUAGCCCAGGUCACACAGUUUACAUCACCGGCUUAAACUGCUUAACAAAUCGAAAAAAAAGGCUUGAAGUUUCAUGGUUUGAGAAGGAUUCUGAGUCUACGUUUGUGAACCUAAGCAGCUUGCCGGCUCUGCUCAACUCAUCAUGCCUACACAGGCUAUAUUGUUUAUCUGAUAUUCAUAAGCGGAAAAAUUCUACAAAUAUCUGCAGCGUCCACCUCAGCUUGAUCGAACUCCAUCAUAUACGCCCAGUGUUAUCCCAUACUGUGUGUGGCCAUCCUGUUUGUGAGACAUGCGAUGGAGUAGUUCAAUGUAGCUUUUGUCAUCUUACCUGCGAGGGUGAGCUUAUGCGGUGCUUCCACUUGGAAAUUACUGUUGCAGAUGGAAGUUCGAGUGUUUUUACAUGGAGCACAGGACAGACUGCUUCAGAACUUCUGCAAAUUUCUCCUGAUGAGUUUUAUGAACUUCCAGAGGAUGAGCAGGCCAUGUAUCUCUACACCCUGAAGAAUGAGAGGUUCAUGAUUGCAAUUGUCCAUUCUCUACCGAAGCCAGAGAGAUGCUUUGUUUCCGGCAGCAAGGAGGAUUAUCCUAUUUGGGAAAUUACACGAGCACAGAAAUGUGAUUGAGGCUUUCCAAUGAACUUGUAUCUCUUUACCAAUUCUGGGAAGUAGGUUUCAUUUUCUGUGGACAUUAUCAUUUUUGUCUCGAGGUCUUCAUAAAUUUGCAGAUGGCUACAUGCUUUGGGCUGUUAUAACUGUGCUUUAACGAAUGCAUUAUUACUGCUUUAUUUGUCUUGUCUGAUAUUUGAUGUAUGCAUACGAAUAUUAUAAGAGAGGAUGUUCUUUUUUGGUCA